AUGGACAGAGAGGACAGACAUCACCGCCGGAGAGGGCGAGACGACAGGCGAAGAUCGCCACCAGCUCUGGAGGCGGAUCCACACAUGGCUUGGAAUGAGUUGAGAGAUCGCGCCAAAGAUGAACAAAGAGGUGGCGGUCGACGACAUCCGUACUUCGAUCGACAAUCCGGUGAUAAUAGACACGGAAGUCGUGGCCAACGACACGAUCGGGACUUCGGCGGCGACAACGAUAGGCACCGGAGGGGCAGAGAUAACGACCGAAGACACGAAUCCAAUGACAACAGAAAUAGGGAUACGUUUGACAAAAGCGAUGAGUUUUGGUCUAAAGAGUCGAAAGCGAAGACAAAAUCGGACGACAAGGAUGUGGUGAAAGAGAAAGAGAAGCCAAACCUAUUGACGACCGGAAAGUUGGCCGAAGACACGAAUACAUUCAAUGGAGUUGUCAUCAAAUACGGCGAACCGACCGAAGCCCGCAAACCCAAGAGGCGGUGGCGGUUGUAUCCUUUCAAAGGCCAGGACUCACUCGAUUUCAUACCAGUCCACCGCCAGAGCGCUUACCUCUUGGGUAGAGACCGUAAGAUAGCGGACAUUCCCAUCGAUCACCCGAGUUGUUCCAAACAGCAUUCGGUGCUUCAGUUUCGGCUCAUUGAGUACAAGCGAGAGGACGGGUCGAACGGCAAACGGAUCCGACCGUACAUUAUAGACCUCGAGUCCUCUAACGGCACGUAUGUUAACAAUCAGAGAAUUGACGCCAAAUGUUAUGUCGAGCUCUUCGAGAAGGAUGUCAUCAAAUUUGGGUUCAGUUCUCGAGAGUAUGUCGUUCUUCACGAACAGUCGAAGGAUGAGUCCGACGACGACGACAUCCAAGACGCAGAAGAACCGGAGGUCGAGAUUAAAACCGAACCUAAAGAUUGA